GGGGAUUACUCACCUUUGUCUCCGACUUCAGUCUUCCUCAACAUACAUGACCCAACCUCCGUGUAUCCCAUCUCAUACUUCCUCAUUUUUGCAACUACCUACCCCAUAAUAACACUCCUCAAACUCUCGAAUCGGCGCCAUGACCUCCGGCUCCGUCCCUCCGGAGCCGGCGCGCUCCGAGCCUCUGUCCGGGGACUCACAAGGCGCCACAACCGACACCACCAACAUCACCGAAACCACACCCCUCCUCUCUCAACCCAAGCCAAAUGGACCCCCCUCAUCAUCAAAUACCCCCACCUCCUCGGAAGACCCAGAAGACGAAACAACCCUCCUCCCGCCCAGCCUGCCCUCCCCGGCACGGCUGUACCUGACGCUCGGAUCCAGCUACGUAGGCGUGUUUUUAGGCGCAGUAGACGCGAGCAUCAUGGCGACGCUGUCGGCGCCGAUUGCAAGCGAGUUCCGCUCGCUCAGUCUACUGUCGUGGCUGGCGACAGCCUACUUGAUCGCCAACGCCACCUUCCAGCCGCUGUCCGGACGGCUGACCGACAUUUUUGGCCGGGGCCCCGGGCUGGUGUUUAGCAACGCCAUGUUUGCCCUGGGAAACCUGGUCUGCGGCGUUGCGCGUGACGAGGGCGGCAUGAUUGCCGGCAGGGUGAUUGCCGGCGUUGGAGGCGGCGGGCUCAUGAGCAUCAGCACCUUCCUUGCGUCUGACUUGGUGCCGCUGAAGAAGAGAGGGGUUGUGCAGGGGUUGGGGAAUAUUGCUUAUGGGACUGGAGCUAUGCUUGGUGGUGUCUUUGGCGGGUUCAUCAACGAUACUUCCCCUUGGGGAUGGCGCUUGGCAUUUCUCAUCCAGGUGCCUAUCGUUGUGGUCUCGGGCUUGCUCGUGUAUAUUCUUGUUGAUGUCCCGCCAAAGAUCUCCAACAAGUCGCUCCUCAAGAGGAUCGACUUUGGCGGGUCGUUUCUAACGGUUGGCUUCCUUGUCUCGGUUCUGCUAGGCCUCAAUGCGGGCGGGAACCUCGUCCCAUGGACAGAUCCGCUCGUCCUGACCACUAUCCCGCUUGGUUGUGUUAUACUGGUUGUCCUAGUGUGGUGGGAAAGCCGCGCUAAACAGCCCAUUAUCCCUGUUCGGCUGCUCCUGCACAGAACUGUCAUCACGGCUUGCAUUACGAAUUUUCUGUGCACCAUGGUGAUGAUGAUGACCAUGUUUUACGUGCCCCUGUACCUGCAAGUACUCGGCCACUCGGCCACCCAGGCGGGGCUGCGCGUUUUAGCCUCUUCCGCGGGCGUCUCUAUUUCGUCUAUCGGAUGCGGUUUGAUCAUGAAGAAGACCGGCAAGUAUGUGGGCCUCGGCAUCGUGACAUUGUCCGUCUUGAUUCUUUCCGCGUCUCUCAACGCGACACUUGACGAAAACACGCAGAACUGGGUCCCGUUUGUAUCCAUGGCCCUCCACGGCGCGGGCUAUGGCGGCAUGUUAACCGUGACUCUGCUCGCCUGCAUUGCCGCUGUUGACCAUUCACACCAAGCCGUUAUCACUUCAUCAACGUACGCUUUCCGUUCUGUUGGCGCGACUCUAGGCAUAACGGUCGCGUCAACUGUGUACCAGAACAUCUUGAAGUCUCGACUCUGGGAUCGAUUCGGUCACUUGCCGGGAGCGGCAGAAGCGAUUUCGCGUAUACGAGAUGAUCUGUCCGAGCUCAAAAGGUUGCCCGAGGGCUUUUCGUACGAGGGUGUUAUCCGGUCCUUCAUGGAGGCAUUCAGGGGGGUGUGGUUGACAGCUCUAAGCUUGACUGUUGUUGCUCUAAUCAGCAUCUCUUUAAUGAAGCAGCAUAAGCUUCACUCAAAUCUGGCUCGACAAGACGAGUAGAAACAACUUGCCUGACAAGGUCCGUGGUCCCGCUCGGCUCGUUCGAGCAUAGACGUAUAUAGAGCAGCACACUAGAUUUGGUGAAAAGACAACUUACACCUAGGUUCCGAGUCCCAGCUGUUGCCUAAGUAUCUGUUGGCUGAGCGGCGGUGUAAAGGAAAGGGCCUACUCAAAUAUGUCGUCGCGAUGUUCCGAUCCUGGCUUCUUGUCUUGCAGAAAGGGGAAUAAUGGGUGUCGAGGUGCGUCCCCAUGCUUGUUUUCAUGCGGGAAUUGAAGACCAAGUCCGCAUAGGUUGCCUGUAGGUGU